ACGGCGAUCUUGGGCGCUGCGCGCGGGUGCUGGUGGCGUUCCCGGAGCCGGGCUGCUGGUUCUAGCAGCCAGGCGCGUCCGCCGGUGUCUGCGGGCGUACGGUUCGCUUCUCCCUGCAGCCCCAAGGGGUGAGUUUACACCAGCUCCCAGCCUUGGGGCGGGGACCGUUUGGCCCUCCCCGGUGCGCACCCGCAGGUGAACACAGCCGCCCGCGCUCCGGCUGUCCCGGGCCGCGUGGUCGGUCGUCGCCAUGGGAACGGCGUGUGCCCUGGCUGGGAGGGGGCAGAGAAGGCAGCUGUAAGCCCCCCAGAGCCCUGGGCGCCCCUGCCUGGCCGAGCGGAGCCACGAAAGCCGAUGACAGCGGGCUUCCUUCUCAUUUUUUGGUUGCUUAGGCGUUGGCGGAUACUCAGAGGCGUGGAUGUGUUUACAAGAUGUGAGUUGUGUUCUUUCCACCUUCACCUUCUGAGGGCUUCUUACGCCUCGGGGUGACAGGUGCCAGUCACCGCACAGAAGGGCAGUAUGAAGCCAAUGAAGAAAAGGAAAACCGAAGAAGCUGAGUUGGAGCCCCUGUGCUGCUGCGAGUACAUAGAUCGAAAUGGGGAAAAGAACCACAUGGCUGCUUGUUUGUGUGACUGCCAGGACCUGGACGAAGGGUGUGAUAGAUGGAUUACGUGUAAAUCCAUGCGGCCGGAGACCUGUGAGAGAAUCAUGGAUACGAUUUCUGAUCGCCUCCGGAUUCCUUGGCUUAGGGGAGCCAAAAAAGUCAACGUCAGCCUCGUCCCGCCGCUCGUGCUGCUGCCCGUCUUCCUUCACGUGGCUUCCUGGCACUUCCUCCUGGGCGCGGUGGUCCUGACCUCGCUCCCUGUGCUGGCACUGUGGUACUACUACCUCACUCACAGAAGGAAAGAACAGACUCUGUUUUUCCUGAGCCUUGGACUGUUCUCGCUGGGCUACAUGUACUACGUGUUCCUGCAGGAAGUGGUCCCCAAAGGGCGUGUGGGGCCCACCCAGCUGGCUGUGCUCACCUGCGGCUUAUUUCUGAUACUCUUAGCCCUGUACAGAGCCAAGAAGAACCCGGGCUACCUCAGCAACCCAGCAGGCAGCGACAGGUCGCCAAGCAGCAGCCACACCGAAGGCCUGCCUAGAAAAGGGCCGGAGAAGACCAAAGGGUUUCCUGGCGCAGAGACGGCGGGCAGCCUCAACAAUCGCACCCCAAAGGAGGACCUUAAGGGCUCCCCCAGGAUGCAGGCUGGGAGCCCCACCAAGCCGAAGGAGGACUGGUGUGCCAAGUGUCAGCUGGUGCGGCCGGCGCGGGCGUGGCACUGCCGGAUCUGUGGCCUCUGUGUGCGGAGGAUGGAUCAUCACUGUGUCUGGAUAAAUAGCUGCGUUGGAGAAUCAAAUCAUCAAGCAUUUAUACUUGCCCUUUUGAUCUUCUUGCUCACCUCGGUGUACGGGAUCACGCUGACCCUGGAUACCAUUUGUAGAGAUAGAAGUGUCUUCACAGCUCUCUUCUACUGUCCUGGAGUUUAUGCAAAUUACAGCUCGGCUCUGUCCUUCACCUGCGUGUGGUACUCUGUGAUCAUCACAGCAGGCAUGGCCUACAUCUUCCUGAUCCAGCUGAUCAACAUCAGCUACAACGUGACCGAGAGGGAGGUCCAGCAGGCUCUGCGACAGAAGACUGGGCGGCGGCUCCUCUGUGGACUCAUCGUGGACACAGGCCAGUACAAUCGGGGCUUCCUGCGGAACUGGCACCAGUUCUCCACGCUGGGCACACGCGCGUUCCACCACCCUGCUGAGGACAUUGUCUGAAGUGCCUUCUGUCCGCCUCCGAGGGAUGGCUCUGCCCUCUGCCUCCCUUGCAUUUCACACGUCCAUGUCUGCGUGGCAGGUUCACGUGUAGCCCUGGUUUCCUAAAGGCAUUCCAGGGCCAUGCUCAGGUUUAGAGACUGGACUGGGGCGAAGUUAGUUUUGCCAACUUCACAACUUGUGAGAUUUUUAUUUUGAAGCAGUAAAAGUAGAGCCAUUCUUUUCCAGUCACCUUAGGAACUGACUUCAGUCACCAGAAGUUGAAAAGGAUGUGGAUUGCUAAUGCACAAAUUGAUUGAAGCAACUCCCGUCCAUUAAUGGGGGGGGGGGGGCGAGUUUUGGAUUAGGGUAGUUUCUAGUCCCUCUUUCAAUCUUAAUAGCCAUGUGACCAUUAGUUGAGUCACUUUCCCAAGUCUCAGGUUCAUCUGUAAGGUGGGGUACCCACGGCUGCCCUGGCUACCUCACAGAGCUGUUGUGAGGGUCACAUGAGGGACGAGAGGUGUGGAAAGCACUGGAAGCAACUGAAGCAGCUGGAGGCAUGAAGCAGUCCUGGCGGACUCCCAAGACUGAAGCCAGUGGUAGUGGGUGGUGAGUUUUCAGUAAUGCCGUGCAGUUGCAAGAGCUUCUGAAGUACUGGACGGUAACUACCCGAGCAGGGGAGAUGACCAGAUGGGUUGGUGCCAGUCAUCUGACCUUGGAAGGCAGUUGAUAACAGUUGUAAAGGUAAUUGCUACUGGCGUAAUGUACAGUGGGCAUGAGUUCAGGCAAUGAGUUCUUAUUUUUUUUGCGAAUUCGGUUUGGAUUUACUAGAAGUAACUCCAGUAAGCAUUAAUGUUCUUUUCCUUUCCACGUUUCACCUGCUAAGGUGCUAGCACAUUUGUGACGGUGGCUGGAAGAGGAGAAUGGACACUCCUUGGCAACACUUCAUUUUCUUGUCUGGGUAGGGAGGCUAAUUAACAUCAAGGGCUUGAUUUUUUUUUUUUUUUUUUUUUUUUUUUUUUGGUUCAUGUAAGUAUUUCAAAUGCCAUCAUUUUAUAGCACUAAAUUACAAAAAUCAGUCUUCUGGCAUUCACAUUGUUCUGGCAUGCACUUUCUUUGAGUUGACUGACAUCUUUCUACUCAGUUUGUACAUUACUUCUCAUUCACCCUUCCUUAAGUAGAAGUAUCUCACUAGGAGAGAAACAACAGGGCAUAUGUGCUUUCUGCUAGGACUAUAAUUCUUCCUUCACUUUUCCCAAAAAUAAGUGAUUUCCUUAAUCAUAUCUCAAAACUGAAAAUAUAUCAAAGAUUAGAUAUUUAUAUGGAAUAGGUCAUGCUGCCAUAGAAUCAAGAUGAGGGAAUUUCACAUGGGGAAAAUACCCUCUGGGAACCUUUGGUUUUAUUCCUGUACUGUUGUGCAGUCCCAAAGAUAACGCAUGGAGUCUUAAGUUUGCCUUGGCUUGAUACGGGGAAGAUAGUGCUCACUUGAGGAAUGUUGAGAGGAAACAGCACUCCUUCCUGCAGUUCUGCCCUCUGCAGCCAGCACUGUCCCUGGUCUUUCCAGCCAUUGGGCUGUCUGUAAGACAGUUGGAACGUGUUUAAUCAGGCUCGUCCUCGCUCUCUCCAGAGAUGAUACCUAAUGAACAAGAGGCUCCGUAGUCCAGGGCAGUGAGCCACAAUGCAAGCCUGGGAUGUUAGCCGACACUGUGGUUUCUACAGUGAUGUCCUCUUUCUGGUCCACAGCCAGCACUGAAGUUGGAUUGAAUAUAACUAGCUUCUUUCUGUAUAGGUGUUAGAUAAGAGAGAUUGUAAUCAUGUCAGGGACAGCGUAUGUGGGCAGAAAUUGGUAGUUGUCACAUCUCUUGAAUGUCAGCUGUGUAGCCAACACUGAUUGAAUUGCAAUUGAUAACAAAAAUAUAUAGGAAUGUUAGUAUAGGCAGUAAUUUUAGCUUGCUACAUCUUUAACAGCAAUCAAAAUACAGUGUGAUGAAGCUAGGUAGUACAUAAAGACCAGAGUCAUUCGGGAGAAUAGGGAUGAUCACCAUCUUUUUAACAGCUCACUGUUACGUGAUUGCCUGGGUGAGGCAACUCAUUUUCCUUCACUUGGCUAGGACUCCUUGUAUAUAUUUCUGGCUUAUUGGAACUCUGAUGCUUACUUUACAUUCCUUGAGAACACAGAUUACAGUUUUGAACCUGGCAAAAGAUCAGUGGUUUGUGGGGUGAAAGCUUUCGGAAAUGCUUGUACUGCAGGCAACAGCAAACAAGGGGCUGUGUGUGAGCAGUGCUUCUGUAGGAUCUGGAACAUCCCUGGACUGUAUCCCUAGAUUUCUGAGCCUUUUUGUGAUGUGGAACUAUUUGAGGGAUUUCGUUAAAGGCCUUGAUUGUCUCCAAAUUGCAGAGGAAUUUAUUGUGGCGAUCUUUGAAAGGACAAGACCUCUAAAUGAGUAAGUUCCGGAGUGAUGGCAGCAGUGCAGAAUUGCUCUGUGGACCUGUAAGCCAGCAGUGUCUCAGCCGGAGGAUCAGGCCCCUUGGACGUGAUUUUAAACAAGCAGGUCUCCUCUCCCACACUACACCCUCAGCAUCUGUUAAACACUGUGAAUGUGAAGCUGCUUAAUAAAUUGCCUGUUACACUCUGAGCACUCACGUGAUCACAUUGCUGGGGAAGAGGAGUGGGUCUGUUUGAGAGAUUCAACAUAAGUAGAUGGGCACAUCAAAAAGCUCAUGGAAAAUGGACGUAAAAGUUUAUUUUAGUGCAAAAAUUGAAACUCAUAGUUUUUUUCAUAAUAUACAUUUUUCAUGAACUUUCUGAAGACUCUUCCUGUUUAAGGAUCAGGAUUGCAUGAAAGGAGCAAGUUCUUUGAUAUUUUCUUCUGAUACCCACGGAGCACUUUGGUGGGUCUGGCUGGGCCUUGCUGAGAUGAACCGGCCAUUAACACCUCUUUGGUAGGUUACCAGAGUUACCUUCAGUGUGUUUUUGGGACAACUGCUGCUUAUUCACUUAGGCCACAUGUGUUUGUGUUUAUGAUACUGUAAAUUUUUGCUUUCCAAAUAGUGUUUGCCUUUAGUGAGUGAGCUAAUUGUUGUCUUCCACUGUACCAUCUGCCUAGCAGAAAGACUGCUACAAAGUUUCUCUUAUGCAGUAGUCCUUGGUACUUCGAAUAUUCUUGGUAAGAGAAAAUUUUCUAUACUGGAUCUUCCACUGCCAGAAAACACAAUGCCAGUAAGACUCUACAUAAUACUGACCAUCUGCUUAACAGACUGUUUCUUUGGACAUUAGCUUUGUGUUAUAAAGCUCAACUAAUGUAAGCAAAACAUGACAUCUGGAAACACAGUUUUAACCAGGAUGUGUUUUUGAGGUUUAGGGAUCUCUUUAAACUAGGUAACAAGUAGUUUAUGACUUAACUCCAUUUUAGCCAUACUUUUGUGCCCUGCAUUUUGAAAAGGAGAAUUUUCUCAAACAAGCAGUGGAUGAUAGGAGACUUUUUCUUGAGGCAGCUGUUUGGGAAUCUGGUUUUCUCAGCCACAACCUGACAAGUGUGCCAUUUUAAAUUAGAUAGUACAGCCUAUGCAGGGGAGAGUGAGAGCCAUGCUAACCCCAAUACCAAAUUCAUGUUGCAGUGUUCGUGAGAAUUGGCUCUGCUUUGAAGCAAACAUUUAGCAGAAUCUGCUGAGUCUAAUCCUGCUGCUGAGUGACAGUAGUCCACACAGGAGCUGGCCCUAGUAGCAGCAGCAGCCAAAGACAAUGUGGUUAAGGGGGACUUCGUGUGUUGGAGGCAGAGUUGGGCUUUUGACUCCUUGGUGCUCCAGCCUUCUGGGUGGCACCUUUUACUCCACAGAUGCAUUGUGUAAAACACAGAGCUUCAAACCAAGCUGUCUGUUCUAGUUACUGAUGCUACUAAACUCCGGUCUUCAGGUGAGGCCACAGACAAGACAGCGCAGCACAGAGCUCACAAGCUCAGCUCCUGACCUGCUGGUCCAGGUGAUGGUUUGAGUUCUUAGUGCUUUUGAGCCUUUUCAGUUGAUGAGAUCUCUGGGUCUUACGUAAGACCAGAAAUACUUAUUAUCUGGAAGCCCAGGAAUACUUAUUUACUAUUAAAUUCAACAUUUAGCAUAACUGGCCUGGGGAACGUGAAAAGGGAUUUCUGAAGCCAACUCUGGAUGCUGGGGGGGCGCUAAACAUUUUGCACUGUUUUUAUACUUGUUUUCAGAUCCUCUUAUCACCUCAGACCCAGACACAGGCCUUUUAAAUGAAGAUUUUGCAAAUUACUGCCAAUUGUGUAAAAUGAUGUCCUGUGACCAGGUUGUUUAAAUGGAAAAUAAAGUGCUUUCUUUAAAGAAAA